GCGAAUCCAUGUGAGGAUUUCUUUGAAUUUGCUUGUGGCAACUGGAUAGCUAGACAUCCAAUUCCCAAGGACGAAGUCAUCUACAACUAUUUUGAAAUACUCAAUGAUACCUUGCAGAAGGAAAUCAGAGGUACGUACGUGACCGUAUGUGCAAAUGUUGUAGCGUUGAAUUAG